AUGGCGAGCGAACGACGGGCGAUGACGGCGAGAGCGGUGCGCGCGCUCGAGGUGGGUGCGCGUGGUGUCGAUCGCGAGCGACGACGGUGGAGGCGUGGGUGCGUGGGUGCGCGCGGGCUGACGACGGGUGUUUUCGAGACGCAGGCGCGGGCGAGCGAGGCGGAAUCGCGAGCGGAGAAAGAGACGGAGGCGCGGGUGCAUCGCGAGCGUGAGCUGGAGAGUGCGAAUCAGUUGGCGCAGCGCGCGUCGGUGAGCGAGCGGUUGAAGCGACACGCGGAGCGGGAGGUUGUGGAGCUCACGCGCGAGUUGGAGACGCUUCGAUGCGAGAAAGAACGCGAGCGAGACGUCUUGGAGGAGCGAUUGGCGAGCGUGACGGAGGGAAGAGAGCGCGAGUGGGAAGAGAUGCGCGAUGCGCUCGCGCAAGCGAGGGAGGAUCGCGAGCGGCUGAGCGCGGAGGGUGCGCGUUUGGAGCGAGAGAACGAAGAGGCGCGCGAGCGAGAGAGGACGCUUCGCGACGAUUUGGCCGGCGCUACGGAUUCGUUGACGGAGACGAAGCGACUUUUAGAGGACGUGCAGACGAACAAGGCGUACGUAGACGAGGAAUUGAGCGAAAUGCGCGACGAGAUGGUGCGUGUACGCUCGGAUUUAGAGGAGACGGCGGCGGCGAACAAAUCUCUCGAGCGCGAGUUACGAGAGUCACGAAGGAAGUCCGAGGCUUUGGCCGCCGCGGUGCACACGGCGCGAGGGAACGACAGCGCCGCUCGAACGAUGAUGCGCGAUAGCGUUCUGACGUUCGCGCGAAUGGAGGAUGCCGCGAACGCUCGAGAGAUUCAAAUAUUGAAGGAGCGGCACGCGGCGGAAAUCGAGCGCAUGCAAGAGGAAUUUGCCGCAGCCUUGGCUCGAUCGAACGCGACACAGGGCGAGAUCGCGCACAACACUGUUGACGAAACGCAACGCGUGAAGCGCACGCUGAGGGAGGUGGAAGACGACGCGCGCGAGGCUGUGCGCAAUGCGAGACGUCGCGAGGAAGACGCGAACGCGGAGGCUACAAAGCUUCGACAAGAGUUGGCGAAGACCAAGGCGAGAUUGAACGCCAUGGUCGAAGCAGGCGAAGGGCAACUGAGCCAUGCGAGUAUUCGUGAGGCCCAAGCGGCGCGGCUGGCUGCGGCGCAGGCUCAGGCGGUUUGCCGGGAUUUACAAUCGGAACUUGAGGCGGAGCACGAAUCCGCCGAGGCGGCGAGGCAUGAGGCAGCCGUGACGUUGCAUAAAUUCUUCGAGAUUCGUGACAAGUACGAACAGCGUGAGGCGUUGGUGAUUCAUCAAAAGGAAUCGAUUCAAGAGCUCAAGCGAGACGUCGAACGCAGAGACGGACAAAUCGAGGAACUCAAGGCGCGGUGCAAAGAAUUAAAACUUUGUCUUCGUGACAACGAGGUCACGUACUUGAACCGUCAAGAUCUCACCGAAGAGGUCGAGCACUUGAACAGAAUCAUUGCUGAUGCGAACAUCCGCGAUCGCGAUCGAUCGAUCGAGUUGCAUCGCGAGCGCGAGCGUGCAGAUAAUUACGCCGAACGACUCGAGCAAUGCGAGUCACAGCUUUGCGAGGAAUCGCACAAACGCAUUCAGCUCGAGCGCGCCAUGCGCGACGUCGACGGAGCGAUGUCAAAGGCCGAGACCGACGCCGUGCGAGCGGAGGCGAUGAGCGCGAGCGCGAUACUUCUCGAAGCAGAGGUUUUGAGACUGACUCGCGUCAACGAACAAGCUGAGACGCGUGUCGCCGAGCUUGAGGGUCGCGUCGAGGACCUCAUCGAGCAAGCCGAUUCUUUGGCUUCCUCGAAAAAUCCCAAUCAAGCGAUUCGUUACCUUGAGAAGCUUCGUUACGAACGUGAAGUUGCGGAGAAGGAUGCGGAGGAUGCGGGCAAAGCCGUCCAAUCGAUGAAAGCGGCUCUCCAGUUCGUCGUGUGUGCCAAGCGCGAGACCCGAGAUAAGAUCGUGACGUACGCUCGCGAGGCGCGCAAAACCGGUCGCGUGUACACCGACGCCCCCGGCAUCCCAAGCGGCGUCGCCGCCGACGUUUGGGCUCGAGUCGUCGAAACCGUCGCUCGACUGGACCUCGACGCCAUCGAGUAA